AUGCGCCAGCCUCUCCGGACGUCGGCCGUCUCGCAGACGCUGCGCAAGUUGAGCGACAAUGUGAAGCCGAGCGCGGCCCCGAAGACGAGCGAGUCGAGCCCAAAGACGGCCAAGAACAACAGCGAUCCCCUUGCCGCCGUUGACAAGUCGGCGACGGAGCAGCGCAAGGCCGACUGGGCCAUCAUGAAGGAAAUGUCGCGCUACCUUUGGCCCAAGGACAACCUCGGCACCAAGUUCCGCGUCGGCCUCGCCGUCUCCCUGCUGGUCGGGUCCAAAGUGCUCAACGUGCAGGUGCCCUUUUACUUCAAGAGCAUCGUCGACUCCAUGAACAUCGACGUUGCUGCCGUCGGCGGCACCGCCACGGCCAUUGCCGGCAGCAUGAUUGUCGCCUAUGGCGCCGCCAGAAUAGGAGCCGUUGUCUUCCAGGAGCUGCGAAACGCCGUCUUCGCAUCCGUUGCCCAAAAGGCCAUCCGCAAGGUGGCCGGCAACGUCUUCGACCACCUGCUGCGCCUCGACCUGAGCUUUCACCUCUCCAAGCAGACGGGCGGCCUGACCCGGGCCAUUGACAGGGGCACCAAGGGCAUCAGCUUCCUGCUGACGAGCAUGGUCUUCCACGUCCUGCCCACGGCGCUCGAGAUCAGCAUGGUCUGCGGCAUCCUGACCUGGCAGUACGGCGCCAAGUUUGCCGCCAUCACCGCCCUCACCAUGGUCGGCUACACGGCCUUUACAAUCUGGACGACGGCCUGGAGGACAAAGUUCCGCAGGCAGGCCAACGCCGCCGACAACAAGGCCUCGACUGUCGCCGUCGACUCCCUCAUCAACUACGAGGCCGUCAAGUACUUCAACAACGAAAGGUUCGAGGUGUCGCGCUACGACCGGGCGCUCAAGGAGUACGAAAAGAGCUCCAUCAAGAUUGCCACGUCGCUGGCCCUGCUCAACAGCGGCCAAAACAUCAUCUUCUCCACCGCCUUGACGGCCAUGAUGUACCUGGCCGCCGACGGCGUCGCUGCCGGCACCCUCACCGUCGGCGACCUCGUCAUGGUCAACCAGCUCGUCUUCCAGCUCUCCGUCCCGCUCAACUUUCUCGGCUCCGUCUACCGCGAGCUGCGGCAGUCCCUGCUCGACAUGGAGACGCUCUUCAGCCUGCAAAAGGUCAACGUGAGCGUCGUCGACAAGCCCGGCGCGAAGCCCCUGGCCCUGACCAAGGGCGGCGAGAUUAGAUUCGACAACGUCUCGUUCGGCUACCACCCCGACCGGUCCAUCCUGCAGAACCUGUCGCUGACCAUCCCCGCCGGCAAGAAGGUUGCCGUGGUCGGGCCCAGCGGCUGCGGCAAGUCGACGUUGCUGCGGCUGCUCUUCCGCUACUACGACGUGCACGGCGGGCGCAUCUUGAUUGACGACCAGGACGUCCGCGACGUCACCCUCGACUCCCUGCGCAGAUCCAUUGGCGUCGUGCCGCAGGAGACGCCCCUGUUCAACGACACGGUGGAGCACAACAUCCGGUACGGCCGCAUCGACGCGACGCACGAGCAGGUCGUGGCCGCCGCCAAGCGAGCCCGCAUCCACGGCAUCAUCGAAAAGUUUCCCGACGGCUACGGCACAAAGGUCGGAGAGCGCGGCAUGAUGAUAUCUGGGGGCGAGAAGCAGCGCCUGGCCGUGAGCCGGCUGCUGCUCAAGGACCCGCCGCUCCUCUUCUUUGACGAGGCGACGAGCGCCCUGGACACACACACGGAGCAGGCGCUGCUGAUGAACAUCAAUGGCAUCUUGCGCGACAAGGGCCGCACCAGCGUCUUUGUGGCGCACCGGCUGCGGACCAUUUUCGACUCGGACCUCAUCAUUGUUCUCAAAGAGGGCAGGGUUGCGGAGAUGGGCACGCAUCGCGAGCUCGUCGACCGGGCAGGGGUGUACUCGGAGCUCUGGAGCGCACAGGAGAUCCUUUUCAACGAGGACGGCACCGAGAGGACGGAGAACAUAGACAGGGAGCUGUGA